AUGGCACCUUCGCUCUCUGGCCAGAGCUGUAACAUGAAAACGUCUGUCCUCGCUGGCAACAGAGCUAAAGCGGAUCUAUUUCAGGUGCUGUACUUCGGGAGGCUGGUGCGCAGAGACAUGACAGAAUGGACGUUGCUCAAGAGGCUGCUGGACGCCGUGCACCAGCACUCCACCAUGAUCGGACGCCUGUGGCUCACCGUCAUGGUCAUUUUCCGUCUGCUCAUCGUGGCCGUGGCGACAGAGGACGUUUACACGGACGAGCAAGAGAUGUUCGUCUGCAACACCCUUACACCGGGAUGUCCCAACGUCUGCUACGACGCUUUCGCCCCCAUCUCGCAGCCUCGAUUCUGGGUCUUCCAAAUCAUCACCGUUUCUACACCUUCGCUUUGCUUCAUCAUCUACACGUGGCACAAUCUGUCCAAGCAGUCGGACGGCGAGCCGGCGAGGGAGACGUACGACCGCAAUUGCGACUCGGACAGUUGCUCCAUAAAGGCGCACAGGCACCUGGGCCACAGUCUUGCUGACGUUCUCGAGGGCAUCGCAAACCAGAGCGCCCAAAAAAGUUCUGUCGUUCUGAGGGAAACCCACGCUCCCGCCAGAGGCUCCUUGGGGGUUCUGUCCAAGUACUACGUCUUCCACGUAUGCUUUCGCGCUAUUUUAGAGGUCGGCUUCGUCGUAGCUCAGUGGCUCCUCUUCGGUUUCUACGUCCCCGCUCACUUCGUGUGUACGGCUUCUCCUUGCAUGCAAAGGGUCGACUGUUACGUUUCACGCCCCACUGAGAAAACCAUCUUCCUCAUCUUUAUGUUUUGCGUAGGGGUCUUCUGCAUCUUCCUCAACUUUUUAGAGCUCAAUCAUCUGGGCUGGAAGAUGAUCAAGAAAUCCAUGCGCAUCAAAAACAGUGCCUGGAAAGGAGGAUAUGGUGCCAUCAACCAAGAUACUCAAUCCAUAGCUUCUCUAACCUUCAGAGAUGCGACCAGCACUGCGUCUCUACCAACUUUAGAUCUAGUGGUCGACCACCAGCCAGACUGGACCUGCGCUGGGAAUUGCUCGGCGAACAAAGAAAAGGAUUCUGGGCGAUCGAAUGCCCAUCGAGGAACGCAGUCGGUUAAGGGCAAAUUGAGCAAAGGAAGAGGGACAAAGCAAAGGAGCGCUGAGGUUUGGAUAUAA